AUGAAGUUCACUAUUGUGAUUGCUGCUCUUCUUGGAGUUGUCCUGGCUCCAGCUCUUGCCAACAAGAACACUGACAAUGGGCACCACAGUGAAAACUCAAACCGCUCUGACAGCGGCAUCAGCACCGACCCAAAGGAGGGCUCUGAGGGCUGGAAAACUGUCUGGGACUUCAAGACUGGCUACGUUGCAACCAAAGUGUUUUCAAAGAACACCUGCAUCAUUGCUUCAACGAGCAGGAGGUUUUGGCUUGGCAAACAGUUUCCUACACCACCUCCUGGAGAUACGGUAGGAGGGUGGAUGAAACCUCACCCGCUGCCAUCCAGAGAGAAUCGCUUCCUCAUCUCCAGGCACAGACUCCAGAGCUUGAGCCCCUAUGGAAAACGCAUCCAAGCUCUGUGCAGAGGAAUCCCCUCUUACCUGGCUUACCCAGCUCCUGGAUCAAACUUCUUAAGAGGAUCAAACUUCUCAGGAUCAAACUUCUUAGAACGACGUGUUUCAUGA